UCUGUAUUAUUUUAGUUCGUUCAGUGAUUACACGUCGAAACAGAAGUCUCUGGGAAUUACAUUUUAUUCACACAUUUAUAGCUGAUGUGGUCGAACGUUAUUUUAAGUAGUGUAUAAAAUCCAAACUUUUGAGGCGAUAUUUAUAAAAGAAUUAGGAAAUCACAGAUAACAUUUGCUGGUACAACAAAAUGGAAAUUUUACAAUGGGCGACUGUUUUUAUGGCCAUGUGUAUAGUACACGGGUCCAUGGUAGUACAGGAAAAAUCCAAAUUAAAAGAAAAAUUCAGUUGGAAAAAUGUGGAAUAUGACUGGCCAACUCCAUCCGCCAAAGAGGAAGCGAUUCGCACACAAAAAUACAUACCCGAAAGCAAUCUGCCCCUCGGAUUAGAUGUGUGGAAAGACAAACUAUUCAUCACUGUUCCAAGAUUUGCUGCAGGUGUCGCUUCAACGUUGAAUUAUGUUAGAAUUACAGAUAACAAUCCAGAUAACAGUCCAGUUCUGAAGCCAUAUCCAAAUUGGCAAUUUCACAAUGUUGACGUCGAUUCCAAUGGAUUUAUUGUCAAUAAUAUGUCAUUAGCAUCAGUAUUUCGUGUUCGUGUAGAUGAAUGUGAUCGUUUGUGGGUGAUGGACUCUGGCUUCAUUGAUCAUUUGGGAAUUCAAGUGAAACUUCCAACGAUAUACAUCUUCGACCUGAACACCGACCAAUUAAUAAGACAACAUCAGAUUCAACUGUCUGACAUGAAACCCGGUUCCUACUUCAUCAAUGUCGUUGUUGAUGUUCCGAAAAACCAAUGUGAUAAUGCGCAUGCGUAUGUACCGGACUUAAUAUCUGGCGUCGUAGUCUAUUCAUAUAAACUCGAUCAGUCUUGGCGCGCCGAACACAAUUUUUUCCACUUCGAUCCAUCUUAUACGGACUAUAACGUUGGAGGUGUAAAUUUCCAAUUUGUAAACGGCAUAUUCAGCUUGGCUUUGGGCAAUCCAGACAAUAUGGGCGUACGAACUGUUUACUUCCACGCAUUGUCGAGCUCGCGUGAAUUCGCCGUUCCAAACGUUGUUUUGCAAAAUCAAACGCGAGCAACGAGCACCGAAUCCUUUCAUGAUUAUUAUUUGGUCGGUGAUCGUGGUUCAAAUGGGCAAUCGACGGCAUCAUUUUUGGACGAAAAAUCGAAUGUUUUGUUCUACGCGCAAGUAAAUAAGGACGCCGUUUAUUGUUGGAAUGCUAACAAGCCAUACAAUUGGAAUACACAAGGACUUGUCGAUAUGAAUUCGGAUUCAUUGGUGUUUGUAAAUGAUUUGAAAGUCGAUAGAGAUGGAUAUUUAUGGGUUCUGUCAGACCGUUUACCAGUGUUCAUUUAUUCAAAAUUAAAUCCAAACCAAUUUAACUACCGAAUUUUAAGAGGAAAAGUCAGUGAAUUGAUUGCCGGAACAGCAUGUGAAAUCAAUAAAUAUUGUACAACUGAUGGUCUUAUAUUAUAUCCCAAUAAUUAGACUAACAUUGACCAAAAACGCAAUUAAAAACAUUUAAUAAAAAUAAAUAAAUCAGUAGCAUUGCACUGCAAUUGUGUGAA